CACCCAUGUUUGAAGACGAACAAAGUAUAGCUUAUGUAUGCCUCUACAAUUUACCUUCGUUUAUUGGUUUUAUUAGUUUUGCAACUCUUUAUUGUUGCAAAGCGGAGUUGCAGUUGCUAUGGAUCCGCGUUGUCAUGGACGCAAUCAAAUUAAAGAUGGAGUCCAAGAAAGCGAACUAUGUCGGAGAGGUCUCCAAUCAAAAACGUCAUGGCUACGGGAAAUAUGUUUACCCAAACAGCUUUUUCCUCUAUGAAGGGGAAUGGAGCAUGGGGAGAAAGCACGGCCUUGGCAAACUGAUGAUGAAAGAUGGCAGUUUUUAUGAGGGGGAAUUUAUCUGCGGGGAGAUUGAAGGAAGCGGCCUGCGACACUGGGCUAAAACGGGGGAUUCUUACUCUGGAGAGUUCAAACAAGGUGAGCUCCAUGGCUUUGGAGUACUGCAGAGAGCCAGCGGUGAAACAUAUGAAGGACAGUUCUGCUGCGGCCUCAGAGAAGGUCACGGAUCCCUGACUGAUUCGGAUGGCCAUGCCUAUCUAGGCUCCUUUCACCGGGACAAGAGACACGGGGAGGGCCGCAUCGAGUACAGUAACGGGGACCAGUAUGAAGGAAGUUGGGUCCUGGACCAGAAGCAGGGCCAGGGAGUUCUGCGCUGUGUGGACGGAUCUCUGUACGAUGGCCAGUGGCGUAACAACCUGUUCAACGGCCAGGGAAUCAUGAUCCAUACCUCUGGGAUGGUGUGGGAAGGCAUUUGGACCAACGGCAGGCCCUUGGGUGGCGCCUCCAUCAUGGUGAUCGAGGGAGGAGGGGAAGGAGGAGGAGGAGGAGGAGGAGGAGGGAGGAGGAGGAGGAGGAGGAGAAGGAGGCGUUUUGGCAGUUGUCCAGGGGAGGGCCUUUUGCGUGGAAGUGCGGCUGCAGACGGCGGACGCGGGCGAGACCGUCACGAAUGAGAGUGGGCGGGUGCUGCAGAUCACUGCAGGGGUCCGGGUGCCCAAGCUCCCCCCCUCACCCCCCCCUGACCUGCAGGGAACCGUCAGCCCCGCCCUCAUCAACACACCCUUUGGCUUUCAGGUUGUCAGCUUCCCUUUGAUGGACAGAGAGGCCUUUGAAGACGCCACCUCCCCCGUCAUCACUUCCUCCCGGUCGCCAACAACAACAACGGCGUCCACGGGAAA